CGACUCGCGGUGGCUGGUGGGACUCGACUAGCGGGCGACUACUUGCAAGAGCAGCGUGGUCGAGCUAGCAUCGUCCGAGGAGUAGGAGGAGGAGGAGGAAUUUCCACGCGGGCAUCUCAAAACGCCGGAUUUACCUGCUUCUCUUUAAUCAGGACCAGCCACCUCACACAGCUUUUCCAUUAAGAGACCUGGAAUCCGAGAGUGGUAAUCGGUGUGUACUUCAUCAUAGUUUAAGGCACAAGACUCAAGACUCAAGACUGUCAAAUUUUAAAUUACGCGCCUUUUAUGUGUACGUCUAAUUGACAAAAACCAUGAACCAAACUGUAUGGUUAGUGUCUAAUGAGUUGUCGUUUGAGCUGCAUCUCCUAGCAGUAGUGCAGGCUAGAGGUCCGGUUUAAGUAUCUGGUCUGCGAACAGUGAUCUGUGUUAGCUGUAACAAUAAAGCAGUGUUUCUGUGUGUUAGUUUCUUGCUUUGACAUCGCACUUGAGGCUCCACGUUUAAGGCACCGUUUGUUUUGUGGUAGCAGCGAAAGGUCGUCUUGCAACAACUGCUUGCUCCCAAGACUAUAUAGCAGGAAGUCAUUCGUGUGAGAGGGCUGUUGUUAAAUUCCGACUGUGGAACGUCUUCAGCAACGGCUGCCACGACGAGCAAUUCAUUAGCGGCGUUGACUCAACUUAUCGGCUCGUGUGAGAGUAUGGAGGCGACCUACUGCAUGGGAACAGAUGUAGACGUCUGCCGGAUGUUCGAUCAGUACCUCUACAAGAGGACCGAAAAUUUGGAUCUGUCUCUAUCCGUGCCUCACGCUUUCCACAAUAACGGAUAUAACAUGGCUGACCAGACCUUUCAUACACCUAGUUUUGGUGACGAGGAGUUUGAUAUUCCUCCAAUUAAUCCUCACCAUCAGCAGCAACAACAACAACAUCAGCAAGGUCCCAACCAACACCCCUCCCAAGGCAACAUGGCGUCCUAUCAACAGCCCCAGAUGAUGGGCAGUCAACCCACUGAUGGCAUGGUGAUGAACGACCCAUCAGCCUACCAACAGCCUCUCUACCUGACUGGACCACCCGAGCACUCCAUGGGAAUCAGUGUCAGCUCAACAUACAGCAAUCCUCAGCCCACUUAUACGAUGGCCGGCCCGGGACAAGCCGGCCCCCAGCUCUUGAUGCUUCAACAGCAGCACCAGCAGCUCCUGCUAACUCACGGGCAGCCACCCCAGGGACAGCUGCAAGCACCAUAUGGUCGCUCCCCUCAAGGUAACAGCCCUCCGACAGGUCAAGAGAACACUACCACCAGUGAAGACAGUGACGACAGCACACCGCACUCCGCCAUGAUGGCUGGCAUGAAGCGGCCGUCUCCAGAGCCGGCAGAUAACGGACUGGCAAAAAUUCAAAAGAAGCCGAAGGUUCAGAAGAAAAAGAAGAAGAGAGAUCCUAACGAACCGCAAAAACCGGUGUCUGCAUAUGCCCUCUUCUUCCGUGACACUCAGGCUGCCAUAAAGGGACAGAACCCAAAUGCCAGUUUUGGUGAGGUGUCAAAGAUUGUUGCCUCAAUGUGGGACGCCCUUGACGCAGAGCACAAGAAUGUUUACAAAAAGAAGACAGAAGCUGCUAAGAAGGAAUAUUUGAAGGCUUUGGCAGCAUACAGGGCAAGCCUUGUGUCCAAGGGGGCCGGUGACUCUGAGAACUUGUAUGGAGGCUAUGCAGGUUAUGGAGGUGCUUACAGUGGGUAUUCACCACCUACAGCUCUCCCCUCACCACCCAUGGCUGCACCCACUUCUCAGCAGCAACAGCAGCAACAACAACAACAGCAACAACAACAGCAACAGCAACAACAGCAACAGCAACAACAGCAACAGAUGACCAAUAUGGCCAAGAAGACACCUCUUCUCAGUUCCAUGAUGACUGAGAGGGGUAAUGGACCACCACAGCAGGGCAUGAUGGGGUCACCAAUGGGUCCCGUUGGAGGACAUAUGCCAUCAUCACAUCUUCCACCACAAGUGAACCAAAGCAGUUAUAUGCAGCAGGUGCCUCCAUCACAUCACAUGAGCCCACCUCGCAGCGACCAGCAUUUGGUAUCAAGUCCACCUCCUGGGGGCUCUGUAGGUGCAGGGUCUCCUGGUGGUCCCACACUACCUGUACAGCAGCAACAACCUCAGCAGCAGCAGCAGCAACCAGGAUCUGGCACUCUGCGCUCAGGUAACACGUGCAUCCGCCAUGGCUGCCCCAAUGCAGCAAUUGCCAACUCAGAAUGGGAGGAUGAAUACUGCAGCAAUGAAUGUGUAGUCAGCCAUUGCAGAGAUGUCUUCAGUUCCUGGGUGGCAUCCAAUCAAAAUUCAACACAGAACUUCUCAACUGUAAAAUAAGGGUGUUAAUCUGAUACAAGCAAAAGAGCAAGCAAUUGAGCACAUUGUAGGGCAUAAGCUGAUGGUGGGUGGGUAGGGUCAUGUGAGUACCAUAGACCAGAAGCCUACAUUUAAAGAGUGAUAAAUGAUGGGACAUUUUGUUGUGGAUUUGUGUGUGCUGUGGGUAACCAAUGCAACAAAAAAUUGAGGUUGUUGAGGAGAAACUUAUCAUCGUUGUUAUACUGGAAGAAUACUUGUAAAUGUAUAUAUAAUUAUAAAUUUACUUGGUAUACUUAAAAUAAUAUAGGCACAAAAUGGUGUGCCCAGUAUAUUGAAAUAAUAGAGUACCUUAUUGACUGAUAAAUGGUGAAUGAUUUUAUCCUCAUUAAAAUUUUCUGGGGCAGUCCAGGAGAAAAGCAAGUAUUAUCAUGAAACAAAAUAUGGAGUAUAUUAUAUAAAUAUCUCAAACCUUGUAUACUUCUACGGGCAGCAAAGUCUGCUAUCCUUUGUUGCAUGUUUGGCUCUUUUAAUGAAUGUAGUAAUAAGAAUACCUCUACCCAUUUAACUAUGGUAUAUUAUUAAAAUAUCCUUUGAAGAAAUAGUAUUUUCCCCACUCAUAUAAAUGUUGCUGUUGAUUUUCUGGAGUCUGUAAGAAAUCACUAAUACUAAUAUGUAUCAUAGCUGUGGAAAUGUGAUGAGGGGCUUUCCCCACAAGAACCUGUUCCUUGAUUAGUGUGCACCUUUCCUCAUUUCUUAGAGAGGAAAAGUUAAUAAAAUGAUGAUGACACAACAAUGACAGUGGAAGGCUUAUUUUUAUAUCAUAUCACCAACAGUAAAGUAAAACAAAAAUGUGGUACUUUCAAAAUUUUGGCAGCACUCAUAUAAAGGAAGACACAGCUGGAGAGGUAUUCCUGCCUCACUCCCAAGUUCUACUGGAGGUUGUGAUUCCUUGCAUUACAAGACAGAAGUUGUUGGUGAAAAGAUCAAAAUACAGGCAGAAAUGGGGAUGUUGUCAAGCAUGUGCUGAUGGCCUGAGGGCCUGCUCAAAUGUUGCUCUGAUUCUCAGUUACAUGAACACAAAUUAACAUUUGAAACUUUUAAAUUUUGGUGUGGUGGUUCAGAGAUAAAGGAGUUAUAUUUUACUUCUCUUCAAGCUCAGAAAAGUGGACUGUACUGCAAGUUUUUAAAAGUUUAAGUUAUUGUGUUGUUCUUUAGUUCUGUAUCUCCUUGCACUUUAUCUGUAGAGUCUCAAAAGUUACUAAUAAGAAAUUAAGUACUAUUUAAUUUUAAUUUGUGACUGUAGGUUUUUUCUCCUGUGGAGUAAAAACCUUCUUUCUAAAUCAUAAGAUAUUUCAGCAGGCCAGAGUGAAUGUAUUAUGUAAUUCACCAAUUGGACCAACAUAUAAAAUUUGUUUUCUUGUUACUUCAAGUACUCUUAUAGUUCAAAGUACAAAGUAUUUCGAUUUCAUUUAAAUUUUAAUUCCUUUCUUUCUUUAGUAAAUUUAAAUAGGAUAGCAGUUAGAAAAUGCUCAGUAACUGUUAUAUGUUAUCAUAAAUAUGGGUAGUUAUCACAAUUUUUUCAUCCAAGAUAAUAUGAAAUCUGUUUUCAGUCUUUUCAGAAGUUUUACAUCAGUAUAAACUGGCUGUUAAAGAAUUAUACAACAUAAAAUACAUAUUUUCCGAAUUCUCUUGGUUAUGUCCUGUUCUUAUAUGAAACACAAUUUUCAUAGCUGCAUGUAACACUUUAAAGAGGAAAUCUUCUGAAAUCCAUAUUAUUUGGUUGUUGCUGUAUGUUAACAGUAAAUUAAGAGUGUCAACGUAACCUGAAGGCAAACUUCACUGAUGUAAAUAUGGUGAGAAGCUACUCAAAGUUUUUUAUAUGGGUCUUCUAACUGCUGUACUGUUAAAACACUUUAUACUUGCUUCAAGUGUGACUAUUGGUCAUGAUGCUGGUCUUUAUUAUGAUCAAAUGAUGUGGGGCUACUUGCUUGCAACUCUUUCAUCUUGUUUCCACUUACUCACUGGGAGACUGACAAUAUCUAGACUAGUUCCUGUGCACUGUUAUGUUACUUUUUGUAGUUUCCAUUCUUUCUCCCUCUGUAUGUUUAAAACUGUACUGUGGUGAAGGGUGUUGCAUUUGGUUGUGGGUUCUCUGAAAUGGAGUUGUUUUUUGCAGGCAGGUAGAUAAGGUGAUUAUUGCAAAUAUGGACCAUCUUGCUUUGCUGAAAGAAGUCUCAUUGCACAUUAUUCAUUAUUUGUGCAAUAUGAGACACGUUUAUUUUUUUCUUAUUUUCCUUCCAUCAUGUUCCUCAUUUUUGCAAAGCAGAGUUUUCGCUUCGCACACUUAGCAAUAUAUAUUCAGUGGUUUGUGAAAUGGUAACCAAACUACAAUCACAAAAAAAAAAAAUAUAUAUAUAUUAAAUUUGAGGAAAUACUAGCUGUAAAUGAACUCCAAAUAUUAGAUCUCUCUAGUGUACAGUCAAAUUGUUAUUAUGUAAAGUGUAAACCCUACCCUGGUUUUAUAAGUGUAUUUUCGUUUUUAUGAUGUGCAUAUGUGAUCUUGAAACAUUUUGAUGAUCAUCUUUUACAGCUGAGGUCAUUUCUUCUGUGUGCAAAUCCUAAUAAAUGGAUUGUAUGAAAGCUGUUUGAUUUCUUACCUGAUUAUCCAGUGUAUCUAAAAUAAGUAAGAGUUGGAGUUAUUGACAGCUCCUCCUAUGCAGAUGGGUGUAUGUAGAUGUGGUACAGUGCCCACUGAAUGUAAUUGUAAAUGCAUAAAUAAAUCGUAAUAAAUAAAACUUUGUGUGGUUUUAA